AUGAGUUCUACAAUCGCGGGCGCACCGCCCACGCUCGAGAAGAAGCCAGUCAAAUUCAGCAAUCUGCUGCUUGGUGCUGGUCUCAACAUGUUCGAGGUGACCACUCUGGGACAGCCCUUGGAGGUCGUCAAGACUACCAUGGCUGCCAACAGGGCUGACGGCUUUUCGGGGGCGAUUGGACGUAUUUGGUCGCGCGGCGGCAUGCUUGGAUUCUACCAGGGUCUCAUUCCAUGGGCCUGGAUCGAAGCCUCCACCAAGGGCGCCGUCCUCCUCUUCGUCGCUUCGGAAGCCGAAUUCUACGCCAAGUCGUUCGGCGCUCCCAACUUCGUCGCCGGUAUCUCGGGAGGUAUGGUCGGUGGUCUCGCGCAGGCCUAUGCCACCAUGGGUUUCUGCACGUGCAUGAAAACCGUGGAAAUUACAAAGCACAAGGUCGCGGCCAGUGGUGUAAAGCCCCCUGGCACCCUUGAGACAUUCAUGGGCAUCUACCGCAAGGAGGGUAUCCGCGGUAUUAACCGUGGUGUCAAUGCCGUCGCUGUGCGCCAGGUCACCAACUGGGGCUCUCGCUUCGGUCUGUCCCGUGUCGCCGAGAACGGUAUCCGCAAAGUGAGGAACAAGGAGGGCGGUGAGAAGCUCACCGUCAUGGAGAAGAUCACCGCUUCAGCGCUCGGUGGUGGCCUGUCCGCAUGGAACCAGCCUAUCGAGGUUAUCCGUGUCGAGAUGCAGUCCAAGACGGUCGACCCGAACCGCCCCAAGAACUUGACAGUUGGCAAGGCGUUCAACUACAUCUACUCCAACAACGGUGUUAAGGGUCUUUACCGUGGUGUUGCUCCCCGAAUCGGUCUUGGUGUUUGGCAAACGGUUUGCAUGGUUGCGCUCGGUGAUGUUGCGAAGGAAGCCGUUGAGAAGCUCACUGGCGACCAGGUCACCGCGAAGCACUAAAUGGCGUUUGGACGGUCCGGAGAUACAAUGGGACUCGAUAUGUGAGGUGUAUCAUACCCCACUGAAACUCUAGACGAUUCAACAUAUUUUUCGGGGGCAAUGUUUUUGCCCUCCUGCGAGCGUGUGCGGGCUUGAGAUACCGAGCGAGCACUUAUCUUGAAAUAGACCACUGUAAUGAUCAUGUAGACAGAGAAUACAUUUCCUUAGUGGAACCCA